AUGGCAGCUUCUUGGGGAUUUACACUUUUUCUCUGCGUGCUGCUGAUGGUGUGUAGAGGCUUGAGCCUUGCGGGUGAAGAUCCAGAUCAAACUUUAUCAAGCAGUGGUCAAGUAAAAACCCGUAAUCCACAAAUAGACAAUGCAAUGAGCUCAAACCAUGGCACAACUGGAGAAGGUGGCCAUGCAGCGGAGCCCAUCACUACACUGCCUAUUGUGUCCUGGAAGUGGCAUCAUGUCACCACCCCGUACCUGGUGGCGCUGUGGAUCCUGGUUUCCUGGCUCUGCAAACUUGCCCCACAAGUGUUAGCNGGUCUGCUGCAGUACCUUCUUUUCGGCAGUCUGAUGGCUGCUGUGGACCCCGUGGCCGUCAUCGCUGUGUUUGAGCAGGUGCACGUUAACGACGUCCUCUUCAUCAUGGUGUUUGGAGAGUCGCUGCUCAACGACGGUGUAACUGUGGUGCUCUUCAAUGUGUUUGAUGCAUUUGUGUCACUGGGAGGACCUAAAAUUGAUGCUGCAGAAAUUGUCAAAGGAAUAGUUUCCUUUUUUGUGGUUGCAUUUGGCGGUUCACUUGUGGGCCUUGUUUUUGGCCUACUAAUUUCACUUCUGACCAGAUGCACAAAAAACAUCCAGAUCAUCGAGCCAGGCUUCAUCUUUGUUUUGGGAUAUCUUUCCUACCUGACUGCCGAGAUGCUUUCGCUGUCUGCUAUCCUUUCGAUUGUCUUCUGUGGAAUGUGCUGUCAGAAGUACAUCAACGCAAACAUGGAUGAGAAUUCGGUCCAAACAGUCAGAUACGCCAUGAAGGUCUUCGCCAACGGAUCAGAAACCAUCAUCUUUGUUUUCCUCGGCAUCUCGGCCAUCGAUAAGGUUAUCUGGGUUUGGAACACGGGCUUCAUCCUACUCACGCUCCUCUUCGUCUUUGUGUAUAGAUUCAUUGGUGUGUUUUUCCUCACCUGGAUCCUCAACAGGUACAGGCUGGUGCCCUUGGAGUUUGUAGAUCAGGUGAUCAUGAGCUACGGUGGCCUACGAGGAGCUGUUGCAUAUGGCCUGGCUGUGAUGCUGGAUGAGAAUAAGAUAAAAGAGAAAAACCUGAUGGUCUGCACUACACUCAUUGUGGUGUACUUCACUGUCAUCUUGCAGGGAAUAACAAUGAAACCUCUGGUCAUGUGGCUUAAAGUAAAGAGAGCUGCAGUGACUGAGGUUUCGCUCCUAGAGAAAUUGACAAACAAGACGUUUAAUCACGCUCUGGUUGCCAUAGAAGACAUAUCAGGACAAAUAGGACACAACUACAUGAGGAGCAAGUGGAAGUAUUUUGAGGAAAACUGGAUGUCAUGGAUUUUGAUGAAGCCGUCUGCAAGGAAGAAACAAGACCAAGUCUUUGAUGUCUUCCAUCAGCUGAACCUCAAGGAUGCCAUGGAAUAUGUGACUGAAGGUGAGCGGAGGGGCUCUCUGGAGUUUGUCCGUAAUGAAAAUUCCAUUAUUGACUUCAAGAAAAAGUCUGAAAGUGAAUCCUUCGAUAUCAACAAUGCAAAUAUGUCAAAUGAUCUUGGUGCAAUGUCCACUACGAGUAGAGAUCCCAUUCCAUCAGUGAGCCUGGAAAUGCAUGAGCAGACCAUGAAGGCUGUGAGGGAAGCUGAGGCAAUUAACGCUCACCACCUUCUGGAUCAGCAUCUCUACAAGAGCAGAAAACAGCAUCGGCACAGAUUCAGUCGCAGCCAUUUCGAUAUCAACAGAGAUGAAAAAGAAGUCCAGGAGAUCUUCCAGAGAACCAUGAGGAACCGACUGAAGUCGUUCACGUCUGCAAAAAUGGGCGUCAAACCACCAAAGACGAUUGUCAAGCACACACAAAAAGAACAGCAGCAGAAGAUGCCUAAUGGAAAGUCAACGGACAAGGCUAAAACCAGCUAUUCGGAUGAUGAGGACUCAGAGGGAGACAGCGCUUCUGGCUAUGACCAAUCAUACAUGAGAGCCACGUACAGAGCAGGAGCUGGGAUUGAGAACCCAGCCUUCAUGCCGGACCUGGACCCCAUGGAGUUGUUGCAGAUUCCGCCUUGGCUUGCGGAGAGUGAGCUCGACAGCAGCAUGGUGGCUCUGUCACAUCGAGCCCAGGUGGAUUUGCCAAGGACCCCAAGCAACCUGCGCCGCCUGGCCUCUCUUCGUAUCAGCACUCGCUCCACUGACUCCUUCACACUGGAGAACAUUCCAGACACACAGCAGAUGGACAGCGAUCAAUUGCAGCCGCCCCCUCCUCCUCCUCCCAGAGACGAUGGCUACGUGUAGCUGGAUCCCAACCCAAACACUCAACUCUGUCUCACUUGAAUCUGGCUGCCAAAGAAACAAAACUAAACUCAGAACGUUUAAGUGUGUACUCUAAGAAUAUUGACUAGGCAAUAUUUUCUUUUCCAUGUAUGUGAUUAACCUUAACUCUUGUGU